AUGUGUUUCUCUUCCCUCAGUGAACCCAGAUCGUCUCCACCCUGGGAUCCUCUGGUGGGCAGAGACGCCCAGAACAUGGACCGAGUGACCAGAUACCCCAUCUUCAGCAUCCCCCACUCACCCCGUGUGGCCGGCAUGGCCUUCAAAGGCGACACCAGCUACACUUUUGAGCUGGUGGGCGUGGGGUCUGCAGCCAGAGGCUGGGGCCAGGAUGAGCCAGUGGCAUGGCCUGCUGACCACAAGAGCUCUCUGGAAAUGGUGCAGACGGGGACACCCCUCAACCUGAGUGUCUUCCCCGGCCGGCUGGCUCCACGGCUGCCCUGCCCGGAGGACGAAGAGGAGGAGGAGGUGAAGGCAUACCACCUGGAGGCCAGGGACACCCCGCCCUGGCGGCCACGUGACCUGGAGUGGGAGCGCCGGGUGGUCAUUCAGGACCAGGCGGUCAGGAAGAGCAGCACGGUGGCCAUGCUCCAUGGCACCCCUGACCACGGGGAGCCCAGGAGCCCUGGCCGACCGCAGUCCAUGCCCCUGGAGGAGAACAUGAUUGACACGGAGCAGAUCGACUUCCUGGCAGCCAGGCGGCAGUUCAUGAGCCUGGAGCAGACGAACCCCCCACCCGGGGUGGCCCACGCCCGCGCGGGGGUUCCUCGGGACCCCCCACCUGGGGCCAGCCAGGCCUCCAAGGCCCUGAACGGGCCCCCCCUAGUCAAUGGGUAUGUCGUCCCAGUCAAGCCUCAGGCGAAGGAGGUGGUCACGGAAGAGAAGAGGGUCCACGGUUUGCCCGCCAGGUCUGGCGCCCGAGCCUCGGACGACCCUGGUUCCUGGUCCCAAGAGGGGUCCCCGGAACCCGCCAAGGAGACGCCCAUUGAGCGGGAGAUCCGGCUGGCCCAGGAGCGGGAGGCAGACCUCCGGGAGCAGAGGGGGCUGCAACGGGCGGCCAGCCACCAGGAGCUGCUGGAGAUCCCGGCCAGGCCUCUGCUGAGCAAGGUGAGCCUGGCCGCAGCCCCGCGGCCGCACAGGGGGUGCCCAUCGCUCUACGUGCAGCGGGACAUUGCUCAGGAGUCGCAGCGCGAGGAGGACCACCGGCGGGAGGGCCUGCAGGUGGGCCGGGCGUCCACCUCCGACUGGUUCUCCGAAGGCCCCCAGCCCGUUCUCAGGAGAGACCACAGCUCACACUCCAUCCUCAGCCCGACCCCAGAUGCCAGCGCAGCCAGCCCCACGCCAGAGGUGAGGAAGGUGAACCGCAUCCCACCUGACGCCUACCAGCCAUACCUGAGCCCCCGGAUGCCCCCGGGAGAAUCCCCGGCCUUCCACACCUACCGCAAGCCCAGCAGUCUCUCUGCAGAUGAGGCCAGGCCUGUGGGCUCUCCAAAGGCCACGGGGUCUCAGACGCAUCCCUCGGGAUCCUCUGCAAAACCUUCAAGCACAGAGCAGGAGCCUCCCCGGGGACCCCUGUGUGCCAACAGGGGUGUCGUGCGAUGGGAGUACUUCCGCCUGCGUCCCCUGAGGUUCGGGGUCCCGGAUGAGCCUGAGAAAGCUGAGGCCCCCCGAGUUUGGGGCUGGGAGGUGGCUGGGGCCCCGGCACUGAGGCUACAGAAGUCCCAGUCAUCAGAGCUGCUGGAGAGGGAGGUGGAGAGUGUCCUGCGGCGGGAGCGGGAGGUGGCUGAGGAGCGGCGGAGCGCUCUGUACCCUGAGGUCUUCUCCCCGCCUCCGGACGAGUGCUGUGACCAAGACUCCAGGAGCUCCUCCCGCGCAUCUGGCAUCACGGGCAGCUACUCGGUGUCUGAGUCACACUUUUUCAGCCCCGUCCACCUGCACUCGGGCCUGGUGUGGACGGCAGAGCCCUCAGCUGAGGAUUCUCCCAGGCAGAGAAAGAAGAAUGAGCAGUGG